GGUCUCCCCGGGCCUCAGGGACCAAUUGGACCUCCAGGAGCUAAAGGACCCACUGGCAAACCAGGUCUCCCAGGAUUACCAGGAGCAGAUGGACCACCGGGUCACCCUGGCAAGGAGGGUCCAACUGGAGAGAAGGGCAGCCCAGGUCCACCAGGGCCACAGGGUCCUAUUGGCUAUCCAGGACCACGUGGUGUCAAGGGUGCUGAUGGUGUUCGUGGCUUGAUGGGACAUAAAGGCGAGAAGGGUGAAGAUGGUUUCCCAGGAUUCAAGGGUGAUAUGGGAGUAAAGGGCGACAGAGGUGAGCUUGGUCCAGCGGGUCCCAGGGGAGAAGAUGGUCCGGAGGGUCCGAAAGGCCGGUUUGGGCCGGCUGGAGAUAAUGGCCCACCUGGGCCGUCUGGUGAGAAG